UCAUCGUCGUUCGAUUGUUUGCCACCUUGAAAAAUAAUGUUAUCAUCAAUUUAUCGAUCGAUAUUUAUCUUCUGAUGAACAUACUAACCACUAUCAAGUUGAUUUUCAUCAGUUGAUUGUAGUCUUCCAUUGUGUGACUUCUUUUUUCAAAACAUCAGUAAAAAUAUUUUAAAUUUCUUAAGGCUGAAAACAAAAAUCAGAAUCAUACUAAACAGAAGUUGAAAAUCGAUUUUUAAAAAAUACAAAAUGGACACCUUCGAUUACGACGAAGAUGACAUUUAUCUUAGAAAACGGAAACAAAAGGAAAAACCCCCAUUGUGGGACUCAUUUCAGGACCCUCCCCCAAAGAAGGCCACCGGUUCAGCUGCCAGUUGGAAUAAACUAACACUUUUGCUCCAGGUCUUCAAGGUUCUCGUUUAUAUCCUGGUGUUUGGUAUCGUUUUAGGCUCAGCUGUAAUAUCUAAGCUCAGUUAUUUGCUGAUGGUGGCACAAAUUCCUCCCGGCUCGAAAGUGAAAUAUUGUGAUAUCAGACAUCCGAAAAGAGAACUCUAUGCACGAAUACCCGAUAAACAGCAAAUCGCCUGGAUUUGGGCAUUGAUAUUGGCUUUUUCUGCACCGGAAGUGUUUACGUUUUUCCGUUCGUUGAGAAUUUGCGUGUUUAAAGAUGUAAAAGCACCAACAUGGCUGGAAGUGUAUUUGGUAGUUGGAAUGGAGGUGCUGCAUGUUGUUGGCUUGGCGGUGUUUACAUUCGUUGCACUUCCGGCAAUGGAUUCCUGCAAAGCUCUGAUGGUAACUAAUGCUGUUUGUUUAGUUCCUGCAAUAUUGUGCUUCCUCUCCGGACCAAAGUGCUACUGGAAAUCCAUAAUUAAAUCAUCCCUUAGCCUUCUAGCACUAUUCUGUCAGGUAACAGCCCUCAUAAUCUGGCCAGCAAUUGACAACAAAUUAGCCAUUCAAAUCCUUUCGCUGCCACUGCUGCUUAUCUCGUUUCGCUGGUGGGAGAAUUACAUCGACCGUUUUUCAUUCAUAGCUUAUCUGACAAAAACCAUUCGAAGGACGAAAUCUCGCUACAAUACGUACUUGUUCCUGUCCCCGCUUAAAUGUGUCCUCUUCGCGAUGAGUGCUUUUGUCCUUGAUGGACGCAAAUUUACAACAUAUUUCACGGAAUUCCUCACCGGUUGGAAACUGCAUGAUAUAUCCAUCAAUCAGAGCUCUCCCAUUUACUCGGAUGUACAUGGCCGUACAUCCAACUCAACGUCGCCGCCGGAAACUAUAUCAGAAGCAGCAACAUCAUUGACAAUGGUAUCGACACAAAUGAUUCCGUCGUUGCCGUCAGCGUCGUCGGGUUCAUUGUUGGAAGAUGAAUUUGUUGUUCAGUCAAACCCUUACGUAAUCGUUUACACGCUUCUGAUUCAGAUUGUUUCGUCAUAUCUUUGUUAUAUAUUCGCCAAGUUUGCGUGCAAAGUUAAAAUUCAGGAAUUUAGCUUCUCCUUGUCGGUGAGCGUUGUGGGGCCGGUGUCCUUGGCCGUUCUUGUGAUUGUUGCCAGUGCCAGGGAAGCCGAUGUGUGUGCAUUUCAUGACUUUGUUCCUGACUACGUGGCAUUUCGGAGUCUUCCUAUUUAUCGGUUUAGUGACUACUUGCAGCAGGACUUUGUUUGGUUGGGUCUGCUAUGGUGGGCUUCUCAGCUCUGGGUAACUUAUCACAUUUGGUAUCCGAGGAACGAUAAGAAUGCACCAACCGAGAAAUUAUUUGUAUGUCCAUGGUAUUGCGGUUUUCUGGUCGAGCAGUGUAUAACGAUGAAUCGUCGAAGAGUCGAUUGGAACGAGGAGGGUGUUACGUUGAAGAAUGAUACAUUUACACCAGUUGCACCUGUGAAUAUUGAUUCGGAUAUCUUGCCAGAAGACACAAUACCACAACUUAUUAUUUGUGCAACAAUGUGGCAUGAGACACAAGAAGAAAUGAUGGAGUUCCUCAAGUCGAUUGUACGUUUGGAUGAGGAUCAAUGUGCUCAUAGAAUGGCAAAAAUUCACAUUAACAAGGGCAAAGAGGAUGACGAAUAUUAUGAACUAGAAACCAACAUCUUCUUCGAUGACGCCUUCGAGCUAGAAUCGAAAUUCUGCCAGGACCCGAAGAAUCCGCCCCUUAAUGAAUUCGUUAAACUCCUCAUCGAGUCCAUCGAGCAGGCCUGCUACGAAGUGUACGGUGUCCAAAUGAAACUCAAACCACCGAUGAAAAUUGAAACGCCCUACGGCGGUCGUUUGGUCUGGACUCUGCCUGGCCGUACCCAAAUGAUUGCCCAUCUGAAGAACAAGGACAAAAUAAGGCACAAGAAACGAUGGUCACAGGUCAUGUACAUGUAUUAUUUGUUAGGCUUUCGCAUAAUGGAACUGGAGAAUGCCUCCCCCAGACGAAAGACCGUCAUUGCUGAGAACACAUUCAUAUUGGCCUUAGACGGUGACAUCGACUUCCAGCCACAGGCAGUGCAGCUGCUUAUCGAUCGAAUGAAGGCCAUUGAUGAAUUGGGUGCUGCCUGUGGUCGCAUCCAUCCAGUUGGCCGUGGUCCAAUGGUUUGGUAUCAGAAAUUCGAGUAUGCCAUCGGGCAUUGGUUGCAAAAGUCAACAGAGCACGUUAUCGGCUGCGUCCUCUGUAGUCCGGGUUGUUUUAGUCUCUUCCGUGGCAGCGCCCUAAUGGAGAAUAGUGUGAUGAAAAAGUACACAACCGUAUCGCAGGAGCCAAUGCACUAUGUUCAAUACGAUCAAGGGGAAGAUCGCUGGCUCUGCACUUUGAUUCUUAAGCAGGGAAUGCGAGUUGAGUAUUCAGCCGCUUCGGAUGCCUACACCCAUUCGCCAGAGAAUUUCAAUGAAUUUUAUAAUCAACGUCGACGUUGGGUGCCCUCGACCAUUGCCAAUAUUUAUGACUUGCUGUCUGAUGCGGAUAUGGUGGUGAAGAACAAUAGCAGCAUUUCAAUGCCUUAUAUUGGGUAUCAGUUUAUGUUGUUGGUCGGGACGGUUCUGGGGCCGGGAACGAUUUUUCUAAUGAUGAUUGGUGCGUUAGUUUCGGUGUUUAGCAUCGAUAUUUGGACGGCAUUUUUGUGGAAUUUCUUCCCUUUGCUUAUAUUCGUAUUGGCUUGUUUGUAUCUGAAGCAGAAGUUCCAGUUACUGAUAGCCUUCGUUGUUAGCACAGUUUAUUGCUUGGUCAUGAUGGCAGUCCUCAUCGGAAUCAUCAUACAAAUGCUAGAGGAUGGUAUCUUUUCUCCAGCUACAUUGUUCUUUAUAAUUGUUGCUGGCCAGAUAGUUAUAGCCGGCUUGAUGCAUCCUCAAGAGGCUGGUGCUUUAUGGUGUGGGUUCAUCUAUUACAUCACAAUACCAUCGAUGUACAUGUUACUUCUUAUUUAUUCGAUUUUCAAUAUGAACGAUGUUUCCUGGGGAACACGGGAGAAAAAACCUGAAAACGAUGGGCAGGCCAAGCCAGAUGAAACAAAAAAGUCCAACGAUGCUAAAAUGAAUAAAUUUCAACAAAUGUUCGCAUUCCUUAAAUCACCCAACCAAGAGGAAGGAUCCUUCGAUUUUUCAUGUGCAGGAUUGUUUCGUUGCAUGUUCUGUACGCAUCCUAAAUCGAAUGCUGUGGAAAAUCAACUUAUGGUUGUUAUAUCCAAUCUGGCAGAGUUGAAUAGUAAAAUCGAUGUUUUGGAAGAAAAAGUUGUAAAGGAAUCCAUCAACAUUGAUGAUAAGGUUAUGGAGAAAACUCAGCAGGCAGAAGCGAUUCCUUCAUCGGAUCAAAAUAGCGACAUCGAACUUGACUUGGACUACAUGCCCGGCUGGGUCAAUGACCCCCUCCUAGUGGACUCACCUAUCGGUGAAAUACCUCUGCAGGAAAAACGUUUUUGGCGUGAACUAAUCAAGAACUAUCUCAAACCAAUGUUUCAUACCAAAGAAAAGAAGAACCAAAUUGCUGAAAGUUUAAGAGAAUUACGAAAUAUGUUUGCUUUUGCUUUUGUCAUGAUCAAUUCAUUGUUUGUCUUGAUCGUUACACUUCUGCAAUUGAAGAAGGAAUAUCUUCACGUUCAAUGGCCUGUUAGCCCCAAGGAUUUCAUAACCUACGAUGAAAAUCAUUUACAAGUCUACGUCUAUCGCCAAUAUCAGGAAUUAGACCCGAUUGGUUUGUGUUUCGUGGUGUUCUUUGGGAUAAUAUUGAUUAUUCAAUUUAUUGCAAUGUUCUUCCAUCGAUUUGCAACUGUUUCACAAUUAUUGGCAGCAACGAGGGUGGAUUGGUUCAUAAGGUCUUCGAAAUCGGAAGAUGAUGCAUUACAGGAAAUUCGAGGUAAUGCUGUAAAUAUUGCGAGACAGUUACAGCGUCCCAAGCAGAUGGAUGACGAGGAUGGAGAAAAUGAGAAUGCCGAUGAUAAUGACGAGGAAGAAGGCAUGUCGCGGAGACAGACUAUUUUCAAGUUACAUGAGAAUCGGGAAAAGGCCCAACAGGACUACAGCGAUCUGGUGCGGAAUUUCGAGAAUAGAUUUUAUGGAGAAGAUGAACUUAAAGUAAAGAAUAUAUCAAUGAGUCGAAAAUCAAUAAUGCUCCUUAACGAGACAAGAGAUGAAGCCAAACGGAGGAAGACCGAACAAAUGAAACGAAGUCAAAUUUUCAACAUCAACGGAGGAUAUGAUAAUGAAGCUUUUGAAACAACAUUCUAGUUGUCAUUCAAAAAGCACAAAAUCAAUUAUUUGGAUUAAGCUAAAAACCUUACACGUUUACAUAAUAAAUAUAAAAUUUUAAUUCAAAGAAUAAUC